AUGCAGCGCCGGCGGCGUCCUCCUCCGCCCGCGUCUCCGCUGCCCGAGGGCGGCGGCGGCGGCGGCGGGGCGGCGCGCGCCGAGGUGGAAGUGCCCUUCUCGGCGGGGCGCCUGGGCUCGGCCGCGGCCGUGGCGGCGCCCGCCGCCCCGCGCCAGCCCGAGGACGAGGAGGAGAGGCUGGAGCGCGAGCACUUCUGGAAGAUCAUGAACGCCUUCCGCUACUACGGCACCAGUAUGCAUGAGCGAGUGAACCGGACCGAAAGACAAUUUCGAUCACUUCCAGCUAAUCAACAGAAACUACUUCCUCAGUUUCUUCUACACUUGGACAAGAUACGAAAAUGCAUUGAUCAUAAUCAAGAAAUACUACUGACCAUUGUGAAUGAUUGCAUACAUAUGUUUGAAAAUAAAGAAUAUGGACAAGAUGGAAAUGGAAAGAUUAUGCCAGCCUCUACAUUUGACAUGGAUAAAUUAAAAUCCACAUUGAAACAGUUUGUGAGAGACUGGAGUGAAACUGGGAAAGCAGAAAGGGAUGCCUGCUACCAGCCAAUCAUUAAAGAAAUAUUAAAAAAUUUUCCAAAAGAGAGAUGGGAUCUUUCUAAAGUAAAUAUUCUGGUACCUGGUGCUGGACUAGGAAGACUGGCCUGGGAAAUAGCUAUGCUAGGAUAUGCCUGUCAAGGAAAUGAAUGGAGCUUUUUUAUGCUCUUUUCUUCCAACUUUGUACUCAACAGAUGUUCUGAAAUUAAUAAAUAUAAGCUUUAUCCUUGGAUUCAUCAGUUUAGCAAUAACCGGAGGUCGGCUGACCAGAUUCGACCCAUCUUUUUCCCUGAUGUUGAUCCCCACAGUCUUCCUUCUGGUUCUAACUUUUCUAUGACCGCAGGAGAUUUUCAGGAGAUAUAUUCAGAAUGCAAUGCCUGGGACUGUAUUGCUACCUGUUUCUUCAUAGACACAGCUCACAAUGUUAUUGAUUAUAUUGACACAAUAUGGAAAAUACUGAAGCCAGGUGGAAUUUGGAUAAAUUUAGGUCCUCUUCUUUAUCACUUUGAAAAUUUGGCAAAUGAACUUUCCAUUGAAUUGAGCUAUGAGGAUAUUAAAAAUGUUGUUCUACAGUAUGGAUUCCAGGUAGAGGUAGAAAAAGAAUCUGUUUUGUCAACAUAUACUGUGAAUGAUCUCUCCAUGAUGAAAUACUACUAUGAAUGUGUCUUAUUUGUGGUCCGUAAACCACAAUAAUGGUCUCCAGUGAUAUCAUGAGGGGGAAAAAGUUUAAUAAA